CAAAUAUCUUUUUCUUUAAUUUUUAAGAUGUCCAACGGUACAAUGAAUGGUCCAACAACUUCUGUCAGUUUCCCAACACCUUUAUCUUCUUCCUCAAAUUUAUCAUCAACAAUGCCCCCUCAUCAACAACAUCAUUUACAUCCUCAUCAAACAACACCUCAUACUGUUUUGGGCGCUACAACUUUAAAUCAACAACAAACAGCAGAAAUGACACGUUUAAUGUUAAAUGGAGGAAAUAGUACUGCUGUAGCAGCUGCUGCGGCAUACAAUAUGGCGACAAGUGGGGGUUCUUCUAUCAGUCAUUCAUUGAAAAGAAGUGCUGGAGGGAAUGGAUAG